AUGGUGGACGAGUUCGCGCAGAACGCGCAAGGACAAUUACUUUGUCGAACGUGCCUGCGGAGGGAAGAUGAGGAAUUGUUGGGCCCUUCAGUGGAGGAACAGAAAGGCUUAGAGGAGCUAGCCAAAGUGCUGGACAACGUUUCUUGGAAAUAUUGGAAGCCAGGGGAGCAACCUGCACAGAUCUUAGAUUGGAUGUACUUGGGCGAUCUGAAGGAGGCGACCGACUUUGAACUGCUGCAGCAACGGAACAUCACCGCCGUCUUGAAUCUCAUCAAUUGGUGGGAGCUGAGCUCUCGGCUGCCAGAGGUGGCGGACUUCUCGUUGCUGUAUAGCUCCCAUGAGGUAGACUUUCUCGAGGUAGACUCUGAGGACCGGCUUUUCUUCGACAUUGUGGAGAAGUGCUGGCCCCCUUGCGAGUCUUUCUUGAGGAAAUGCAAAGCUCAAGGGAAGCGAGUACUGGUGAAUUGCAAGGCGGGCCACAAUCGAUCUGCCUGCAUGUGUGUUUCUUGGCUGGUGGCCUGCGAGGGCUAUGGCUUGUUGGAAGCUGUCGACAUGGUCCAGACCAAACGGGGCACCAUUUUGUCCAACCACGGCUUUCGGCUGCAGCUCUUGCGCUUGGCCUUACGUUUGGACCGCCUGGGCCAGCCAGUGGAGAAGAAGAGAGCAGGGAACUCUGUAGCCAUCGGCAGCGAAUCUCAGCUCAAGAGCAUCAUCAAUGAGAAGCGGAUGACGGUGCAGUACGACGCUCACAAAGAUCGCGGAUUCCGAAGGCAGACCUCGCCCUUCCAAGCAAUGCGCCCUCGGAAGUUGUCCUUGAUCUCAGAGGAAGUUCACAACAACGUGAACCAGAGAUCAUUGAAGGUGGAGCUUCUCGCAUGCUUGUACCAUCGUGGCAAGAAGUUCCUGGACGACUACGAGUAUACCUCGAAGCCUCCAACAAUAAUUGGCAGUGGCUUCAGUGGAGACGUGGUGCUUUGCAAGAGAAGGGAGAAGGCAGCCGUUGUGCAAAACCAGGAGACCUCCGUGCGCUGCGUAAAAAGCUUCAACUUGCAACUCAUGGGCCCAGACAAGCUGGAGAAGCUGAAGAACGAAGCGGUGAUUUACCUCUCGCUGGAGCAUCCGCACAUCGCUCGGCUGUUUGAUGUCUAUGAGGACAACGAACAGGUGAGCUUGGUGAUGCAAUAUUGCUCUGGCGGCACCUUGGAGAGUGCCAUCCGAUCACAGGGAGCCUUUGUGGAGUCGACGUUUCAGGAUUUGGCGGUGCCCAUGCUGUUGGCGGUGAACUACAUCCACUGCUGUGGCAUCGUUCAUCGCGACAUCAAGCCGCGGAACUGGGUCUACGAGGCAGAUGGGAAGACCAUCAAGCUCAUCGACUUCGGCUUCAGUGUGAAAGGCUACUUAAGCACCGAAGGGCUUCGUGGAUGCAUGGGUACCCUGGGCUACCUGGCGCCGGAAGUAGUGACCGCUGGUCUCAGCAACGAGAACGCCUACACCGACAAGUGUGACAUUUGGUCCUUAGGUGUGGUCUUCGUGGAGCUGCUCACGGGGGAACCGGCCUUCCACCGGGAUGCCGGGCAAUGCGACGGCUACACCGAGGAGGUGGUGCUACGGGAGAUCAAGGAGGUCACGGAGGAGAGUUUGCAGCGGAUCCUGGAGCAGGUGCCCAAGUCUUCGAAGAGCUUUCUGGAAGAGAUGCUGACCAAAAGCCCUUUGAAAAGACCAUCCUCCAAGGAGGUGUUGGAUCACGACUACCUGGGCCCAGCACGCGCCAAAUUGGCUCAUCCACCUCGAGCACUUCCCGUCAGCACCAUCCUGGACCGCUUCCGUGCGCAUGCACAUGCCUCCCAGCCGUCCAGAGCCUGGUUGCUCGCGGUGGCGCGGUCACCAACAUAUCUACCCUGGGAGGAUUUUUGCGCCCUGCGGGACACCUUCAAAAUGUUCGAUGCGGUGGGGCUGAACGGUACGGUGAACCUGGAGACCUUCUUAUUGGUCAUCGGGCAGACCGAGUCGAACUUGGACAUGGACGAGAGCCCCAGGAGAAGGAUCUCCAAGCUUUGGAAAGCUGUUUGUGGUGAGCAGGAAUCCUUGAGCUAUUGCGAGUUUCUUGCGGUCCUUCUUCCCCCCAUGGAGGAUGUCUUUGAAGACGCUUCCCAAGUGAGUGACGAGGUGAACAGCCCCUUGCAGCCGCGAGAGCAUUGGAAUCCUUCUCGCUCUGUCUCCAAUUACUUCUCGCAGAUGAAGAGGAGCCCGAGCUCCUUCUUCCCGCAGGCCCUUCUCUAUGAUGAAGAGAAGAAGGUCAGUGAAGUGGUCGGAGAGAUGGCUCGUUUCCAUCGCCGCUGGGCGCUGAUUCGAUUCAAGGAUGGCACCUUUGAGUUCUUCGACUACAUGGAUAUUAAUCACCGACUCUUGGAAGAUGCCGGCUCCAAUGGAUCAGCUGCCGAGGCGUUGAGCCGCAUUUGCGACGCUCCAGUAGGCAGCCUGGCCAACUGCUCCCGCUUCUGUGCCUUCAAAGCGCUGGAUGUGCAAACGCCACUCCGAGACGUGCUCCACUUGAUCGCCGGGAGAAAUCGAAAGAAGCGGCAGGGGCAGGUGCGACGGGUGCCCUUGAAGGAUGGCAGCGAGAUCGUGGGCGUUUUCAGUUGUCUGGACUUCUUGAACCUGGCACUGAAGUCCACUGCCCCGACUGCGGUGCUGAAGUCCUUGUCGGCCAAGGUCUUUGACCGUAGAAGUACCAUUCUACAGGUCUCCGUGAACCAAGAUGAGCCGCUCCUCCACGCUUUGAGCAUCAUGAAAGCGGAAGGCCUCACCAUUUGUCCGGUGACCUCACGGGAGCUUUCGGGCAGCUUGGGCGGUGUGGUGGCGAGCAAUGUGGUCUCAGCUGCCGACUUGAAGUGGGUCAUUCGGUCCAAGAACUUUGCGGCUUUGAACCUCUCGGUCCACGACUUUGUCGCCUGGCGUGGCAGUGCGGAGAAUGCAGACUUGGACCACGUCUUGCGUCAGCAACGCUUAAAGCGCUUCAAUGUGGUGAGCGCCUCAGAGGACGCUUCCUUGCACAAGUUAGCCCGUCGCUUGGUGGAUUCCAAGUUGCAGCGGAUUUUUUUUGUCCUCAGACGAUCUGGCACGGAUCGUGGGGAUCGUCUCUUCUCGGGACAUCAUGCUGCAGGUCCUGGACCAGCUGGCAUAGAUUGGAGCACAGAGGUGGCUGCAGCGUACGAGAAGUGCCUCAAGGACGCCGCUUGCUUUCGGCUGCGCACCUGCGUCACGAACGUCUUCCUGUUCGCCUUUGAGCUCCUGCUGGUGCUGCAAUUGGAGGGCACACUCAAUGACUCCUGGUUCAUGGUGAUGUGUCCCUGGAUUGCAUUGGAGAUUUGGUGGCUCCUUCACCGCCUCUACUACUCCCGCGUGGCCUGGACCCUGGCUGAUCCAGAAGCAGCCGUGGCCACAGAGAACGAGGCUUGGAAGCUGUUGACAUCUUCCAGCUUUUGGUGCUUCUUUGUCAGUUUCCUGCAGAGGGGCGCCUUGCGCUUGCUGACCUGUAUCUUGAUCGCUGUGCGGGCUGAUUCAACUGGUGGUUCCUGGUUUGCAGUGUUCGUGCCCCUUUACAUUUCCUCGGUUCUGGCGGUUGUUUUUGCGUGCAUUGUGAAAAAGAAGCAACCGUUCCUCCAUGCAGAUGAUGAGGAGGAGCAAGGCACCGCAGCACCCACAUGCUGCCUCUCCUGCAUUUGGUUGGCCAUGCUUUUCUUGGCGGCGGGGAAGUUGGAUGGCGGCACCUACUCUGCAGCAUGGAUCUUCUCGCCCAUCUUCUUCUUCAUGCACCUCGCAGAUGGAAAGCACAGGUCAGUGAGAAACCGCGCCGAGCUUCUGCAGUGGUUGGCCUUGGCAGCUGCAACGCGCAGGCUCAGGUUCGAUGAGCUCGACUUCCAGAAACCCUUGAAAGAGCAGGUAGAGCUCCUUGCCUCCAGCAAGCUCUAUGUGGCAUCCAUGGGAGCGACAUUACUGGCUGGUAUCAUGCUACCAGCUGAUGCUGCUGUUUUGGCCCUACCUGCAUGUCAUAAGGUGGGUCCGGGCCGCAGUGUGACCUGCGAGACGGAAGAGCUUCUUUUGGGCUGCGGGCUGCGGUGGGCACCGUACCCGGUGGCUUUUGACGAUGUGGUUUACACCAUUGGCCGUGGGUUUGACUUCAUUGCACGCUGGGAGCUCUUGGAGCUCCUCAUCGACCAGCUCUUGGAGUAA